UAAAAAUUCAGUGUAAAUAUUCUUAGACACAGAAACGGGCAGGACACAAGGCAAGAAAAGUUUCAGAAUUAUAUAAGAAAAAGAAAAUUCUGAAGAAAAUGAAACUGAAAAAUCACCGAGUUCGAUUUUCUGAUUAUUGUGAAGAAAGCGUAUGAAAGCCAUGCAAGUUUGCUUGCCGAGAAAAUAGCGUGCUGUAUUUUGCUGCAGAGGUUCUUUGAGGAGCUUAGAGGGAAGAUUUUGAAGCCAAUCAAAGAUGAAGACCGCCGAAAAAUCAAGUGAGAAAAAUGAGAAGGGAGAUCAUGUUUUUCUAGACAUUGACAAGUUAGCAGCAAAUAUGAGAAAGGAUUUGGAAAACUUAAGUCCUUUAUCUAAAGAGUGUUGUAUCUACAAAGUUCCCAGGCGACUGCGCGUGUUAAACGAAAAGGCCUACACACCUCAAGUAGUCUCCAUUGAUCCAUUUCAUCGUGACAAAAAGGAGCUCCAAGAAAUGGAAGAAUAUAAAAGAAUGUACCUGCAAGAUUUUCUUAAAUGGAGCAAUAUGCAAGAUUGGAGGACUUUAUUGAACUCAUUGGCGAUAGUGAGGCAACACUGCGUAAUUGUUAUGCCGAAACCUUUGAAGAUAUUAGCAGUGAAGAAUUUGUGAAAAUGAUCUUAGUAGAUCCUGCCUUCGUCAUUAUGGUCAUACUGAAACGACGCUUCAGUGCUUUCCGAGGCAGGGACGCCCGUCUCUUCUCUCGUCCAUGGAUGAUAGGUGAAGUAGGGAUAGAUCUGUCCAUGCUUGAAAACCAGCUUCCAUUCUUCAUUCUCCAGGACUUGCUUAAGCUAUCCAAGAUAUUCAAUCCUCACGAGGAAAGUUUGUUAAUUAUGCUUGUCCAUGAGUUCUUAAGAGGUGUGUGGGAUUCAUGGGUGACAGAAGAUUAUGUGGAGAUACUUAGUUCUUCAAAAAUAGAACAUUUUGUUGACUUCCUAAGAAUUUAUCAGCAACCAACAAGGCCACACCGGCCAAAGAUACUCAAACGCCUAACAACAAGAACUGCGAAGACGCUGCAUCAAGCUGGUGUCCAAUUUCAGUUGGGCCGCCAUCUCUAGUCCAUUAGAAAGCUGGCUGGAGUAGACUAGGCCUUGACCAACUGAGAAUAUUUGAGCUUAACUUCUGUGCUUGGUGAAGCAGAUGGGCACGAGCUCAAGGCUGAACUAAUCUUUCAGCAGGCUUUUAUGAGAAAAAAAAAGCCUGGCCCAAAUUAAUAUUAACAUUUUGUAUUUUGUUUUUAAAUUUUUAUUUUCUAUGUCUUUGAUUCAUCUACUCUUAAUUAAUCAUAAAAAGUAAUGCAAUAUUUUUUUUUUUUUUAAUUUUCAAUCCUUGGUUAAUUAGUAUU